GGACACAUGCAGGCCAAAAAACGCUAUUUCAUUCUGCUCUCAGCUGGCUCUUGUCUCGCCCUUUUGUUUUAUUUUGGAGGCGUGCAGUUUAGGGCAUCGAGGAGCCACAGCCGGAGAGAAGAGCACAGUGGUCGGAAUGGCUUGCACCAGCCCAGUCCGGAUCAUUUCUGGCCCCGCUUCCCGGACGCUCUGCGCCCCUUCUUUCCUUGGGAUCAAUUGGAAAACGAGGAUUCCAGCGUGCACAUUUCCCCCCGGCAGAAGCGAGACGCCAACUCGAGCAUCUACAAAGGCAAGAAGUGCCGCAUGGAGUCCUGCUUCGAUUUCACCCUUUGCAAGAAAAACGGCUUCAAAGUCUACGUCUACCCGCAGCAGAAAGGGGAGAAAAUCGCCGAAAGUUACCAAAACAUUCUAGCGGCCAUCGAGGGCUCCAGGUUCUACACCUCGGACCCCAGCCAGGCGUGCCUCUUUGUCCUGAGUCUGGAUACUUUAGACAGAGACCAGUUAUCACCUCAGUAUGUGCACAAUUUGAGAUCCAAAGUGCAGAGUCUCCACUUGUGGAACAAUGGUAGGAAUCAUUUAAUUUUUAAUUUAUAUUCUGGCACUUGGCCUGACUACACCGAGGACGUGGGGUUUGACAUCGGCCAGGCGAUGCUGGCCAAAGCCAGCAUCAGUACUGAAAACUUCCGACCCAACUUUGAUGUUUCCAUUCCCCUCUUUUCUAAGGAUCAUCCCAGGACAGGAGGGGAGAGGGGUUUUUUGAAAUUUAACACCAUCCCUCCUCUCAGGAAGUACAUGCUGGUAUUCAAGGGGAAGAGGUACCUGACAGGGAUAGGGUCAGACACCAGGAAUGCCUUAUAUCACGUCCAUAACGGGGAGGACGUCUUGCUCCUCACCACCUGCAAGCACGGCAAAGACUGGCAAAAGCACAAGGAUUCUCGCUGUGACAGAGACAACACGGAGUACGAGAAGUAUGAUUAUCGGGAAAUGCUGCACAAUGCCACUUUCUGUCUGGUUCCUCGUGGUCGCAGGCUUGGGUCCUUCAGAUUCCUGGAGGCUUUGCAGGCUGCCUGUGUCCCUGUGAUGCUCAGCAAUGGAUGGGAGUUGCCAUUCUCCGAAGUGAUUAAUUGGAACCAAGCUGCCGUCAUCGGCGAUGAGAGAUUGUUAUUACAGAUUCCUUCUACAAUCAGGUCUAUUCAUCAGGAUAAAAUCCUAGCACUUAGACAACAGACACAGUUCUUGUGGGAGGCUUAUUUUUCUUCAGUUGAGAAGAUUGUAUUAACUACACUAGAGAUUAUUCAGGACAGAAUAUUCAAGCACAUAUCACGAAACAGUUUAAUAUGGAACAAACAUCCUGGAGGAUUGUUCGUCCUACCGCAGUAUUCCUCGUACCUGGGAGAUUUCCCUUACUUCUAUGCUAAUUUAGGUUUAAAGCCCCCCUCCAAAUUCACUGCAGUCAUCCAUGCUGUGACACCCCUGGUCUCUCAGUCCCAGCCAGUGUUGAAGCUUCUCGUGGCUGCCGCCAAGUCCCAGUACUGUGCCCAGAUCAUAGUUCUGUGGAAUUGUGACAAGCCCCUACCUGCCAAACACCGCUGGCCUGCCACUGCUGUACCAGUCAUCGUCAUUGAAGGAGAAAGCAAGGUUAUGAGCAGCCGGUUCCUGCCCUAUGAAAACAUCAUCACAGACGCUGUGCUCAGCCUUGAUGAGGACACUGUGCUCUCGACGACCGAGGUGGAUUUUGCCUUCACCGUGUGGCAGAGCUUUCCCGAGAGGAUUGUGGGGUAUCCUGCACGCAGCCAUUUCUGGGAUAACUCUAAGGAGCGGUGGGGAUACACAUCCAAGUGGACGAACGACUACUCCAUGGUGUUGACAGGAGCUGCUAUCUACCACAAAUAUUAUCACUACCUGUACACCCAUUACCUGCCAGCCAGCCUGAAGAACAUGGUAGACCAACUGGCCAAUUGUGAGGACAUUCUCAUGAAUUUCCUGGUGUCUGCUGUGACAAAAUUGCCUCCAAUCAAAGUGACCCAGAAGAAGCAGUAUAAGGAGACAAUGAUGGGACAGACUUCCCGGGCUUCCCGCUGGGCUGACCCUGACCACUUUGCCCAGCGACAGAGCUGCAUGAACACGUUUGCCAGCUGGUUUGGCUACAUGCCGCUGAUCCACUCUCAGAUGAGGCUAGACCCAGUCCUCUUUAAAGACCAGGUCUCCAUUCUGAGGAAGAAAUACAGAGACAUUGAACGGCUUUGAGAAAAUCCCACUGCGUGGGGGAGGGGAAGAAGAUGGGACUGAGUCCAGCUGCUCUCUCUUCCCAGUGCAGAUUCGUUCAUCGAGGGAGCCAGACUGUGCCAAGUAUCAAAAAAAAAAAAAAAAAAAAAAAAAAAAAAACAAA